ACCGCCGCAGGGAGGUUGUGGGCAUCGUGCGUGGAGGAGCUCACCUGAGAAGCGCCUAUGGAAAGUUCAGCUUUGUUUAUGGACAGUAAGAAUAUGGCCUGUGCAUCUUUCUCCUCUGGAGAAGCCCAUAUGACAGAUAAGCCUGGUACGUCCUUCAGUAGAGGAGCAGAUAGCCCCGAAGACACCAAAUUAGCUGGUGAUGUUUCCGGGGCAACAGCCAGUAUUGAUCGCAAGCCAAAAUUCAUGCAGCGGGCCAAAACAUGGUCGGAUGAAGUUGAAAAUCUGUACAGAUUUCAGCAAGCUGGCUAUAGAGAUGAAAAUGAAUAUAAACAAGUAAAGCAUGUUGAUGUGGUGGAAAGGUGGCCAGAGACUGGAUUUGUGAAGAAGCUUCAGAGGAGGGACAAUACUUUCUACUAUUACGAUAAGGAAAGAGAAUGUGAAGACAAAGAAGUCCACAACGUUAAAAUGUAUGGCUACUGAUCUAUGUCUCAUCCACUGUUUUUAGAAAUGAUUUUUUUUUUUUUGUCUAGAAUAGUAUGGAACCCAUU